GCUAACACUCACUGAAGCUUCGAUAGUGUCAUGGUCAACGAAGAAGAUGGACACUCGUGUUGUGGCGUGAAAUCAUACCUCAGUGCUUAGCUUGUAAGGAAAGUUAUUCCUCAAUAUCUCGUUAUCAGUUUGACUUCAUGGGACAAUGGUUGGAAAAAUUAAGAACGUCCGUCAGAAAUUGCAUCAGAAUGCAGUGAAACUGACGUGGCUGCCAACCUGUGAUUCGUCAAAAGGGUCGGAAGAUCCUAUCUCCUUCCAAACCCAACAACCAAGCCGUUCUCAUGUGCAAAAUGGCUCUCUUAUACCUACUGCAAAUAUACACGCCCAGAACCAAAUGUCUUCCUCCCCCAGCAUAUUUUCAGGUACGGAAAUUGCUCCAGAGGCCCUGCGGCAAACUUUAACAUUUAAAGACCUUCCGGCACCUCCCAUAUCUGCCAAGACAGGUCCCGUUGAAGAAAAGAAUAUCAAGUCAAAGAAAGAAAAAAUGAAAGAAAGGCGAGAACGAUGGCUUAGCAAAAUAAGCACCAUCAAGUUGGCAAAGGAGCGUCUAGCGGCGCAGGCCCGGCGGAAAGCCACUCCAAUUGUGGGAGACAUGAGUGUUCUUGCAGAAGCCCUGCCUGAGCUGUCAGAGCUCAUCUCACCGGCGACUACAACCCACAAUGGCCCUACAACUCGACGUAAAAACAAAUUGCCUGUUAAGAAGUGCGCAGGAACCGAUUUCAGUCAGAUGAGACCGCUACAGAAACGCAAGCUCUUGGAAUCAGAAAUCAGUAGGUUUGGCGAGGCGGUGAAAAUUCUCAGUGGCAAAAGGAAUCCUCUGAAUGACAUCUCUGAGCAUUUGAGGAAGAGACUAAAGCAUUUGGAAGAGGAAUCCAGUUAACAUCAGUAAGAUGUUCUUAACUUAAUGAGCAUAUGUCAGCAGUCGUCUAUUACAGAACCCCUUUUUACUGUAUUUUAUUUAUUAAUUUUGUUGUUGUUUUUUAAGACAAAGGACUAUAACUUCAACAGCCUGAACUGACAACAGCCUGAACUGAUGAAUGCUUUGUUUUUAGCUGAUGACCGGCAAUAAAGUUCUGCUUUCCGUGAUUAUGAGGAAUGUAUGGAUGAGCAGUGAUUUGUGAUUGUUUAAACAGUGGACCCCUUCUAUGGAACCGAGGCGUGUGCAAAUUGGAAACUUUUGCAAACAAUGAAAAGAAAUGGAUGAAAUGAAAGGAAUUAGACAACAACAACCAUUACUAGUAUCGUUACAAAAAGCAGUUUAUUGGAGACGUUAAGGAUACAAGAACGCAGUUGUUUUGUGAAAAUUUUGACCCCCCCCCCCCCCCCCCCCCCCCCGAAAUUUUUCACCUAAAUCCAUCAUUAGGCAAAUUUGCAUUUAAAUCAGACUCCCCUAAAAAAAUGAAGUUCAAAGUCACAACAUAGCAAUAAUGAGGUGAGCUGACAUUUUCCCUAUUUUGUCUAGUAAAUGCAGAUAAUCAUUGUAAAUGAUUUACAAAGGACGUAAAAGAAAUGUUUAGCUUAAUGAUGCUAAAGCAGUAAUUUCUGGUUUAGAACAUGGUACUGAAAUUGUUGUGCAACAAAAACGAUGCAAACAGGAGUUUCCAACAGUGUAACAAGUGCUGUUAAAAAUUACAGUAUACUCUAAAUUUGCAAUUUGUUCUAUCUUUAAAACAACUUGAUUCCUUGUUGGCCUACACACAAAUAUACAGUCAUGCUCAUUUUUGGAGCGGUCAAAUUAUACUGAUACAGCAUUAUUUAUGUAGAGAUUCGUUCAAUGUGAGACCUGUCUUGUUAGUUUACACCUACUUGCACAAGUCACACAGUAGGUUACAUUCAGAAUGGGUGUCUCGCAAGUAGAAUUUUUGAGUAAUGAUCAUUUGCAGUCCUUUUUGUUUCCUUUUGAUUAGAAUGAAUCAGGGUUGAGCAUUUUUUUUUUUUUUUUU